GUGUGGUUCCCCCACUUUCAACGACGACAGCCCCUCCAUCGAUUGGCGUGGAACCUAGCUGCACCUUUCCGAACAGCCAAGCAAGAUCGCUCGUGUCCAGCAUCAUCCGCAGCCUUCAAUCUGCUCCUUUCCGCCCAUUCCAGCAUCCGAAAGAGCGGAAUCCCCGGCGCCAAGAGCUUUCCCGCCAUGGCCACAACGACCAAGCAGCGCCUGGCGCUGGCCAUCUGCGACUUUCUUACGACGUCGUUGACCGACGGCACCCUGCAGGCGGAAGAGAAGGACUCGAUUGACAUCGCCGUCAACUGCAUCAGCGAGGCCUUCGGCGUGGACCCCUCGGACAAGGAGGCCGUCUCCCAGGCCGUCGGGUCGCAGAACCUCCUCCAGAUCUACUCCGUGUACGAGAAGCUCAAGAACGCCGCGCCGUCCAAGCCCCCCGCCGCCGCCGGCGGGUCCACGUCGUCAACCACCCCGCCGGGCCCGUCAACAGCAGGCCAGCAGGCCCCGACCGAAGAGCAAAAGAAGCAAGCCGAGGCGCUCAAAUCCAAGGGCAACGCCGCCAUGGCGCAGAAGGACUACGCCGCCGCCAUCGACUUCUACACGCAGGCGCUGGCGCUGCACCCGGGCAACGCCAUCUUCCUGUCCAACCGGGCGGCCGCCUACAGCGCGGCGCGCGACCACGAGUCGGCCAAGGCGGACGCCGAGGCCGCCGUCGCCGCCGACCCCAAGUACACCAAGGGGUGGAGCCGCCUGGGCCUGGCGCGCUUCGCGCUCGGCGACGCCAAGGGCUCCAUGGAGGCGUACCAGAAGGGCAUCGAGUACGAGGGCAACGGCGGGAGCGAGGCCAUGAAGAAGGGCUACGAGACGGCCAAGCGCCGCGUGGAGGAGAUCGCUGCGGAGGAGGCCGAGAGGAAUGCCUCGUCGACGCGGAAUGCGGGUGCUGCGGGUAGCGGUUCUGGCGGUUCUGGAGGCGGCGGCGGCGGUCUCGCCGAUCUGGCGAACAUGUUUGGCGGCGGACGCGGGGGCGGCGGCGGCAUGCCCGACUUCGCGUCCAUCAUGAACAACCCCAUGUUCGCGUCCAUGGCCCAGAACCUGAUGAACAACCCGGAGCUGAUGUCCAAUCUGAUGAACAACCCGCGUCUGCGCGAGUUGGCCGACUCGUUUGGGAGGGGCGGCGGCAUGCCUGAUAUCGCCUCGCUCAUGUCGGAUCCGAGUGUUGCUGAAAUGGCUCGCAACUUGAUGGGUGGCGCUGGACGGGGCGGUGCUGGCGCAGGGAGGUGAUAAGGCGUGAUUGAGUGCCCCUGGGGGUGAGUGUGGAUAUGCUGGCAUGCUCUAGGAUGCUACCAUGACCGUCAAGGUAUGCUGAAUUUUGCCGUUGAUACAUAAGGUACGGUCUGAUCCAAAC